GUCUUGUUCUGUCCACUUUCUCUCUUUUACUAAAAUACACAAGGCGUGACUUAUAUGCCAUUUUUCUCUUCUCUUCCUCGAACACACGAAGAAACUUGCUUGCACCAUCCCAAUCAUAAAUAUUCAAUCUUCCAGAAAUUUACUUAACACGUCUUCAAAUUUCACAAACUAUAAAUACUCAAACCACCCAAUUGUUUCAUAGCCAACAUAAAAAUAUAAGUGUGUGCAUAUAUAACUCCUAUAAACCGCUGUAGGCCUAACUAUUUGAUUUCAUUGAAUUUGACUUUGUAUAGUUGGAAAUAUUUUUUGUAGUGAUUUCCAAUUGUAGCCUUUGAUUGCCAACAAUAUAUAAUUAACAUGAGGAGUAACAUGGAAUAUGAGCGUGUACUUAGUUACUUUGAUGAAGACCGUGACGGAAAGAUUUCGCCGAACGAGUUAAGGAGUCGAAUGGCGAAGAUUGGCGGAGAGUUUCAAUUGAAAGAAGUGGAAAUUGCAAUUGAGGCAUUGGAUUCUGAUGGUGAUGGAUUAUUGAGUUUGGAGGAUUUGAUAAAGCUUAUGGAAUCAGGGGGAGAGGAAGAAAAAUUGAAGGAUUUGAGGGAAGCUUUUGAAAUGUAUGAUAAUGAAGGAUGUGGAUUCAUAACACCAAAAAGUUUGAAGAGGAUGUUGAAAAAACUGGGGGAUUCUAAGUCCAUUGAAGAAUGCAAAUUGAUGAUUAAAAGAUUUGAUUUGGAUGGUGAUGGUGUGCUUAGUUUUGAAGAAUUCAGAAUCAUGAUGGAUUGAGUGUGAUGAUAUGUUUAUGAUUAUAUAUAUCAUGUGUUUUGGCCAGAGGCUGCGGGGUUAAUUUCAUUCAUUUUUUUGUACAUUGUAUGACUAAAUUGCUUUUAUGCAAUAUAAUUUUAUAUAAUCAUUGUUUUAUGCAAUAUAAAUAUCAUUGUUUUUGGAAUUAAUAUGA